CAAACAUUGACAUUUGGAUUCCAUUAUCACAUCACAUUUUAUUAUUUAUUAAUUGCGUAAUAAUUUGCACUAUUUGUGGUUAACUUGAACUGCGUCUAAUUAAAUAAUACUGAAUAAUUCAUAUAGACAUAGAGUACAAAACUUUGUCAAGUGUAAUGAAGUGCUAUUCAUGACACGAAGGUUAAAUUAGAAAGCUACAUGAUAAGUGAUAAUGGCUGUAAUGUAACUGUAAACAAUAUUAAUUCAUUACUGUUUUUAAGAGAAAUAGUCGUCGACCAUGUAUUCGAGGUGCGGUAGUAGUGGUUCUAUCCAGAACAUGCACCAGACGCCGUCGUCAUCCAAUCAUAAUUCAGACGAUGACGAUGACAGCGGCGACAACAAAGCUUCUGCGCUCAGUUUCAAGGAGAGAAGAAGAGAAGCCCACACUCAGGCCGAGCAGAAGAGAAGGGAUGCCAUAAAGAAGGGCUACGACUCCCUCCAGGAGCUAGUGCCCACCUGCCAGCAGACAGAUGCUUCUGGAUACAAACCCAGUAAAGCUGCUGUUCUUCAAAAAUCAAUAGACUACAUACAAUACCUGCUGCAGCAGAGACGUCGACAGGAGGACGAGCGGAAUGCGCUCCGGAAGGACGUGGUAGCGCUACGCAUCAUGCAAGCCAACUAUGAGCAGAUUGUGAAGGCGCAGCACUCUGUGCCUGGGCAUAAUGAGCAACGGCUCACUGACCAGGAUAAGUUUCAAGUUUUUCAGGGUAUAAUGGACAAGCUGUACGAGUCAUUCGAGUCGGUGCCGACGAACAACUUCGCGGAGUUCUCGGCGGGCGUGUUUAACUGGCUGGAGGAGUACUGCAAACCGCAGUCUCUGCGGACCAUGGUGCAUGGUGUGCUGCGCGAGCAAAGCUACACACCAUAGAUGGAUGGUGUUAAGCAAAAAUGUGUCAACCCAUAUUAAUUUUUCAAUAAAAUGUCAACAUUAAGCGUCUGUUUUUUGAGUUGACAUCUUAUUGCAUUAAUUAAAUUAAUGUGGGAUGACACAUUUUUGCUAAACACCAUCCAGAUAGUUAAAGAUGUAGUGCAAAUUUGUGUGCGUAUUUUCUCGGAAACGUUCGAAUAUAACCUCUAACCGCCCAUACGUCAAACCUUAAUUAUAACCAAAAUAUUGCUUUGCUAAUCCACGAAAAGAUCCUCAGAUCACCCGAGGCAGAGGCAGACCAAAAAUGAGAUGGCGAAACGACCUAGACUCAUUUUGUGGCGACUGGCGGGAGCAUGCACAAAGCCGUGACGAGUGGCGAAAGACAGGGGAGGCCUUUGCCCAGCAGUGGGACACAAUAUAGGCUAGAAAAAAAAAAUCCGCGAAAAGAUAACGUGCUAGUCAAUCAGCGAUAACCCGUUAUACUUACUUGCGUAUUUUUACAUGCAAUUAAUAUUAACACCCACCCACACUCCACAGCGGUGCGGUGGGUUGGGAAUAUUUUAGUUUUAAUUAAUAUGGAUUUCCGCAAAGUAACGCCUGAUUCUAUUCACUAUUUGUCAAACCUUGCCAACCAAAAUGAAAUUUUAUUUUGUCAACACAAAGUUCAAAUUAGAACGAAACAGGCGACCUUUUUAUAGGUCUCUGGGCGGCUAGAGGUUAAAUUAAAUAAAUAAAUAUUAGGGAAUAUCUUACACAGAAUCCACCUAACCCCAAACUAAGCAAAGCUUGUACUAUGGGUGCUAGGCGACGAUAUACAUAUUUAUAUAGAUAAAUACAUAUAUACAUAGAUUACAACCAUGACUCGGGAACAAAUAUCUGUGUUAUCACUCAAAUAAAUGAUCUUUCCGGGAUUCGAACCCAGGACCAUCGGCUUCGCAGGCAGGGUCACUACCCACUAGGCCAGACCGGUCGUCAUUCUACUCCAAUCGACCUCAGUACUUUUUGUACCGAGACACUGAAAUAGCAAGACACGUUCGUACGUUUCCGUGAAAAUACGAAGGAAAAUAAUUAUGCACUAUAUAUGUAGCGUGUUCACUCGUCAAGCGUCCUGUCUCACAGACUACACAGACAAUAUCGUCGGGUGACAAGCAAAAGUCACUAAGUACUAUCAAAAAAUUAAAGUAACAAUGCACUUUAUUACACUUGUAACACGGUUCAUUGUCCAAUAAUUUUAAUGGUGUUAGUGACUUUUGCUUGUCUCCCGACGAUAUGCAGCGUUUCUAAAGAUCACGAGAUCACCACAAAUAAUUAUUGCAAUUUUACUUGUAAAAUACGAUUAGAGCAACACAACUGAGUUGUAUUCCACACCAUUUUACAACUACAUCAGCUCAUGUGCAACCCUAAAGCUCUGGUUUCCUAGGAUGCGGUGCCGUCAUAUAGCGGCCGUCUCCAUACAAAAUACUACGACAUCCAUAUUUAGCCGUAUUAUUUUGUAUGGAGACGGCCGCUAUAUGACGGCACCGCUAUCCUAGAAAAACCGAGCUUAACCUCCUGACGACCCGCGUCCUACACAUAGAGAAUAUUUGCAAAAUUUGCCUUCAUUGACAUUCAAUCGUAUAUUAUCAUCUUAUUUGUGUUGUGAAUUAUAGGAAAAUAUUAUUGAAAAAUAUAAUAUAUUUAUACCUACCUAGUACCUACUAAUACAGAAUGAAUUGUAUACUUAGAUAUUGGUUUUAAAUAUUAUUAUUUUUUAGACAUAAGUAUAAUUUUCAUUAUUGUGAUAUAUUUUCUUACUUCCUUUAUUUUUUGUUAGUGAUUUUGUCAUGUGAAACUUUAUUGGAGUCUCCAUCAAUAGUAGGUAGCAUAUGAAUCAGCGCGCCAAAAAGUAUCUGCUAUCUGCGAAUUUAGACAGUUUGCGUUCAAAAGUAUCAAAGCAAUCGAUUAAUAAUUCUGUAUACUUAAAGAGUCGAUAUCUUUUUUGUGAAGCUGGUUAGAUACUUUUGACGCAUAGUCUGAUACGCUACUUUUGAUGCUGACUGUAUAUUAUAACUACGUUCGAACAAUGUGUUCUGACAUAAGUCAUACUUUUAAUAUUAAGUUGUGUUAAGCUCUGGUUUCCUAGGAUAGUGGUGCCGUCAUAUAGCGGCCGUCUCCAUACAAAAUACUACUUAUCUUUAUUUGGCCGCAUUAUUUUGUAUGGAAACGGCCGCUAUAUAACGGCACCGUUGUCCUAGUAAGGAAAUCAGAGCUUUAGGGACAAAAUAUACAGGAAAACAAAGGCAUGCAUUUUAAAAAUAAAAGUAUAUUCACAAUUUUUUAACGGAUUGGUUACCUUACUUUACUUACCAAUUAUUUAUUUAAAAAAAACAGAAAUUUUACAAUAUCAGUACCAUAUUUACCUACUGACGACAAUAUUUAGUGCCUUAAGUAUACCUAGUUUGCAUUAUUAUAUCGAUGUUAUAUGAAAAUACACAUUAUGUUGAUGAUA